UUCCGAUUUUGCCCUGAAUGCGGCUUCACCUUCUCAGGUCCAAAUAGAGUUCUCUUCAAAACGCUGUGCUUGCAACACUCUAACCUACAGCCCUUGAGAAGCAGAACUACAGAGAAGAACACGGUAUCUCCUGCAGUGCUUCAAAAUGGUGGUAGUUUCAAAAAACCCAAGACGAGCAGAUCGAUUACCCAAGAAAAAAAGACGACUGGAUCACAAAAUCUCUGCUUCAGAAGAUGAAAGCAUCCUGGAGGAGGAGGGGCAGGAACAGGAAGAACCAAAUAUUCUACAUGUUGCUGAAAUGAAGGAAUUUUCAGAAGAUGAGAGUGACUUGGAAAAUGAAGCAGCAGAGGACGAGGAGCAGGAACAGGGGGAGGAAUUUUUGGAAGAUGAGAGUGCCUCAGAAUAUGAAACAGCAGAGGAUGAGGAGCAGGAACAGGAGGAGGGGGAAGGACAUGGGAGCCGACAGGAUGCUGAGAUGGAGGAGCUUGAAAAAGAGUAUUCAAAUCUUCGUAACCAGCAGCUGUAAGAUUUCUUACUCUCUUCUUCUUCUUUUUCUUUCUUU